AUGGUUAUCGUUUCCACCACUGGCUAUAUUCUUACUGUUCUGGGACCCUAUUUGUCGGAUUUUCACAAUAAUGAUGCAUCUAUUUUGAAAACCAUUAUGUUGACCAAUGUUGAUGAUAUUCUACGCUGGGUUGGAGAGAAUGGCAUCGUUGUUGUUGAUCGUGGCUUUCGGGAUUCGGUUGGCGUCUUGGAGGCACUUGGACUGAAUGUAGCCAUGCCAUCGUUUCUAAACGGUCGUAGACAAUUCGAUACACUGGAAGCAAACGAAACACGUUUCAUCACGAAGAUAAGAUGGGUAGUAGAGAGUGUGAAUGAUCGUUUAAAGCAUUCAAAAUAUUUUAAUCAAACAAUUCAAAAUAGUACCAUUCCCACUCUCCAAGAAUAUCUUCAUAUAGUAUGUGCUCUCAUUAAUCGAUUUCGACCACCAAUGAUCAUACCAUCGCUCGCUAAUGAUGAGGUUGCUCAUUUAAUGAAACCAUUGUUAAACGACGAGAACUUCUUGAAACAACGACUCGAUGAAAAUAGAUAUUCUUGGACAGGUGUCGAUGCGAGCAAAAUGAUGAGUUUUCCAAAAUUAACAAUAGAGCAAAUAAGAUCAAUAACUUUAGGUUAA